AUUGUAACCGUUGCAAGCUGCAAAUCUAUUGAUUUAUGAAAAAGUUCACUUCGUGCCUAAAAUUCAAAGGAAAAACAUUUAAAUUGAAAAUGCCAUGUUUGAUUAAUCAUAUGGCCCAUUAAUUCAUUUUUAUUCUGAACGAAAUUUAUUUCAACAAUGACUAAUCCAUUCAUCCUAAGAGCGCACUUAAAUCUCCGAUAUGUGGGGCGGGGAGUGUGUGUAGGAGAGUAGGAAUUCGCCAGUCUGCGAUAUUUUUUAUCAGGCUCUAUUUUUGUUACUUUUGUCACCGUAUUCCUUUAAAACUUCCGGCAAAGGAAAGGAAAGUUUUCCUCCUUCGCGAUAGCUAUCUCCCGCUUGUCAUUCAUUUCUUUUGGUCCGCUUUCGCCUCAUGCUUAGCCCUCUUCCAAUCUCGUUUCUUCCCUUUGGAUUUAAACGGAGCAAAAUAUGUCUGCAACGCAGGCGAGAAGUCCGGCAAUGCUAUCCAUAAUCCGAACUUUUAAACAGCCAGCGUCCGGCAUCCGAGCGAAAAUUUUCAGCCAAAUUGCAAUUUGCGGUAUCUUUUAAAAUUUUAAGUUUGAUAAUCAUUUUUUAGGUAUUCGCAGAGUUUUUUAAAUGCCAGAUCUGCCGAACCGAAACCGAAUCACUCCGCACCAAGAUAAGACUUUUAAUCUCUUUGGGAAAUUUUUUAUUUUACAAGAAUGGAAUAAAACUUUGAUUUUCAAGAUCUGAGCUCAGCACUCCAAUCGGCAAUCGCUUAGAGCACCAUGCAAAAGAGAAAAAAAUUGCGAACAAAUUUGCCGCAAAGAUCGGUAAUUUAGUGACUUGAGAUCAAAGUUAUUUGGUAAAUAUUUUCACCCAAUGAAACUAAUAUCCUUUCGUCGUGUUUUGUAAAUGUUUUCCUAUCUUCUUUGAUAGAUUUACUGAAUUUCAAAAGGAAAAUCUACAUCGUCAUGUAAUACAAAAUAAGCUGUCCGUAACCUUUUUUCGGAUGCCUAAACUUUCCAUCUGGCGAUCGUUUAUCAUUCCAGUAAAGACAAGAAAAUAUAAGAAUCUAUAGGGAGUUUAUAAUCGCUUGGUAUAGACAAACCGUGAAGUUUGAGUUUGUCAACUCUCAAGCAACGUGACAUUCAUUCAAGUAAAAUUUUCCCGGGAAACUAUACGCCAGCGUUUUCCCACGCACUGAAAUCGAAUUUUAUAUGUAUUGGUUAAGUUAUCGAAUGAGAUGACGAUGAGAAUUGGUCAUUGUAAGGAGAUUCUAGAGCUGACGUUUCGAGCGUUAUUAGAAACUUGCCAUCUUUUGCAUAGGCUGAUUGGUAAUCACAUUACCUUUCAUCAGUUUCAAAGCAUCCCACGCGGAUUGCGCGGGAUACAAUUUCCCUAAAGUGCUACAAACGCGCGUGUUUGCCUCUCGCACCUCAAAUUCCCGCUCACAUAACGUGCAAGUAUUCAGCCGAACGCGCCGCUUUUACUCAUGCAAGCCCACAUAUUGUAUAUGGUAGAUAAAAAGGUGAGAUUAUUCGCGUUGUCAGUCAGGACUUAGAAGCGUUUGCUUACUUAGUGGCCUAUGCUCAAUUAAGGUUUCAAAUACAUUUCGCACCACUGACAAUCGAGAUACUUCAGAAAAGUAAAUUUGCAUUUUGACAAUAACAAACGUACAAAAGAACAAAUUAUUAUCUGCAGAACGGAAUAAAAUCUAGGAAUAAAGGCAAAUUUUACGUUGGUUUCAUCAUCAUUGUUAUUUUGUCGAGAAAACCUUGACGAUCGACUGCAAAAGCGAUCGGGCAAAUAAAAAAGGAAGUCAAGGAAAUUGUAUUUCGUUUCAAUAAACAACAUUUCGUCAUGCAAAUUUUUUCAUUUGUUGAUUAUCAUAAUUGUCAUCCUAUCAGCAGCAAACAACUUCCUGUUGAUGCAGUGGCGGCCCGUACUUACUACUAAGGUACAUAAAUACGAAAAGCUGUGGAAAUGAUACACGUAAAACCUCCCCCAAUAACACAAAAAGCGUCCUACAAUUUACGGUGGUUGGAAGCCGAAGGCCACGAUGUUAAUUUAUCGGGAAUUGCAGUUAACUCCAAAGGAGACAUUGCCGUGUCCGACCAGGGAUGUGAUCGUCUCAUCAUUUUGAACGAAGAUGGAACAUUCAAAGAAACAAUCGGUGGUAGUGGAACAGAAAAAGGCAAUUUGUCGUUACCUGAUGGAAUAGCGUACAACAAAAGCAACCAUUUGUUAGUUUCUGAUUAUGGAAACCAUCGUAUUCAACUGUACGAUUGUAGAGCUGGUAAAUUUUGUUUUUCAUUUGGAUCUGGUGGGACAGCUGAUGGGCAGUUUAACUUUCCCUGUGGUUUGUCUAUAGACGAACAUGACAAUAUAAUUGUUAGCGACUGGGGCAACAAGCGAGUUCAAGUUUUCGACGAACGCGGAAAUUUCAAGCUUAAAUUUUCAAGUCACGCUACUUUGGAGAAGAAAUCAUGGGGAUGUCGUGACUCGUCUGGCAUAAGCGAACCCCAACACUGUAUAGCUUUUAAAAACUCAUAUUUCAUGACGGAUGGAUGUGCAAACUGUGUAAAAGUAUUCGAUAAAAGUGGGACAUUUAUACAUAAUAUUGGUUGCAUGAAUUCCCCUCAAGGGGUCGCAGUUACCGAAAGUGAAAUUUUGUGUGUUUGCGAUUCGAACAAUAACAGUGUGCAGUUGUAUUAUCUCGAUGGUAAACUUAUUUCUAAUUUUCCCCACCUUAACUGGCCAAUGUACCUUGCAGUAGGAGUAAAUGGAGAAAUUUUUGUGAGUGAGAGGGGAACUUGCCAAAUUACCGUCUUAAAAUUACCUUAUUAAACAUAUAAAAAUUUGAGACGAUCACCAAGUCCAUUUAGUUAAUGGGCCUUCAAACCAGACAGAUUUUGCAUACAUAUCAUAUUUCAAAUAAUCCAUUUAACGAAAUACUUACAGCUGCUAACCGCCUUGAAAUAAUUCAUACGAUUUGUGAAAUAAAUGAUUAUCCGAAGACUUUCCUAUUGUUCGCGUGUGUGUGUUUUUCAUUUUUUCGUUCAACUGAGUGAAGACCCAACGCGUAAAUGCCAUGUCACGCAAUAUGUUAGCCUAUUUAAGAUACAAACAGCCUCUCCGCGAAACGAAAACCUGGGACCAUCUUGCGGAGAGAUUGCUUUCAUUUCUUUCGGCAAGCAUAAGGUGAGCAAGCGGACGGAAAAAUCUGUUAGUGACAAAAGGCAUAUUUUUAAGGACAUUUCCGUUAUUUCUGAGAUCAGAAUAAAUAGAUAUAUGAUGGCUAGAACACUGAAGGUUCCUAAAUUGUUUCUUUUCUUUUUAUUUAAUUUCCUUUAUUUUUAUUUUGGCCACGAAAUUUUUCUCCUGGCGACCAUUUUGUGAUUUCAGGUAAAAGUACGGCCGUGGAGUUUGACUUUUCAAAAACGUUAGUCAACCCGAUAUGGCCAUUUGAAAGCAGCAACGUGAGAUGUCAUCUGUUUUAAAUUUCCCCAGCCACCGACAUUUAAUAUCGAUAAUCUCGAUAUCUUUUGGCUGAAUGAUGAUUACAUGGCCUUUCGCCAAUUUGGAUGCA